AUGGCCAAGAUCAGUUUUCUACCCACGCUUGAAGAUGCUUAUGGAGCUCUGUCGGCUGAACAACUGGAAAUAUUGAGACAACAGGUUUUGUCGGAAGGUGGUGAAGUAGCGUCGAUCCAGUCGAGAUUCAACUACGCUUGGGGUUUAAUCAAGUCUACGGAACAGGACGACCAGCGACUGGGAGUGAAGCUGCUCACGGACAUCUAUAAGGAGUCGUCUAUGCGUAGACGUGAAUGUCUGUACUACUUGACAAUUGGGUGCUACAAACUGGGCGAAUUUUCAACUGCAAAGCGGUAUGCGGAUGCUUUGCGGUUGCACGAACCGGAAAACAAGCAAGCGGGUGCGUUGCAGUCGAUGGUGGAAAGCAAAAUCCAGCGUGAAAGUCUUAAGGGUAUCGCCAUAGCAAGCGGGUGUGUGGCCGUGGCUGCUACCGUAGCAGGGAUGCUAUUUAGGAAAAAGCGUUAG